AUGAACACCACUAAAGAUAAUGGUAUAUGUAUUGAAUGCAACAAACCAAAUAUAUCUUACCAUUGGGACAGAUUUGAUAAGAAAAGAGUAGCGAUAAAAACUUUGUGGGAUUCAGAAAAGCUUGAUGAAGAAUUUUUUCAGGAAAUGGAUGCUCACCAUAAAUUGGCAGAAGAUGCUUACGUUACGAAAUGUUAUGGAAUCACAAAAAACCCCGAAACGAAUAAAUUUGGAAUUGGUUUAACUUGGGUAGAUACCAACCACGCUCAGAUUUGCGAUCUAGGAUUGUGCAGACCGGCUAACAAAAAGGAGAAAAACGAUAAAAAGGGGGUUAUGCCAUACCUUGCACCGGAAGUACUGAAAGGAGAAGGAUAUACACAAGAGGCAGAUGUGUACGCAUUUGGUGUUCUUUUGUGUGAAAUAGCAUCAGGAAAAUGUCCGUUUGGUAAUACUUCACACGACUUUAGUCUUAUGGAGAAAGUAAUACAAGGUCAGAGACCAGAGCUUCCGGAAAACAUACCAGAAUUUAUUAAAGAAGUAAUUAAGGAUUGUUGGAAGUCAGAUCCUCACGCACGGCCAAAAGCAGAUCAGCUGCAUACUACUUUGUAUAAAUGUUGGUUGGAUUUUUAUGAAAAAAAACAAACCCGAAUAACCAUAGAAUGUGAGAAAUCUGAUAAAGCUUUAUCGGAUUAUGAGGAUUCUGAUUUAACAAAUACGUACAGUCGGGUCAAACUUUGUAAUCUCCAGACCUUAACUGGAGAUAAAGAUACUUAA